AUGGGCGUCCCAGCUCCUCGGGGGGCCAGGCCUGAUCCCUUCCACAGGAAGCUCUCUCUCUGUGUCCCUGUGAGGCCCUUCCUUACCUUGCUGCUUCUGGUUUCCAUCAAGCAAGUUACAGGAUCGCUCCUGGAGAAGACAACUCAAAAGUGGAUUCAAUACAAAGAGCAGUGUCUGAGAGACUUACUCAAGGAGCCUUCUGGCAUAUUUUGUAAUGGGACCUUUGAUAAGUAUGCCUGCUGGCCUCAUUCCUCUCCAGGAAAUGUCUCUGUUCCUUGCCCUUCAUACUUACCUUGGUGGCGUGAAGAGAGCUCAGGACGGGUCCACAGACACUGUUUGGCUCAGGGGACUUGGCAGACGCUGGAAAACUCCACAGAUAUUUGGCAGGAUAACUCCGAAUGCUUGGAGGACCAGCGCUUCAAAGAAAAUGUGAGUAAGCACCGUGACUUGCUGUCAACCUUGCAGCUGUUGUAUACCGUGGGAUACUCCCUCUCCCUUGCCUCCCUCUGCCUGGCUCUCACCCUCCUCUUGUUUCUUCGAAAACUCCACUGCAAACGCAACUACAUCCACAUGAACUUGUUUGCGUCUUUCAUCCUGAGAGCCCUGGCUGUGCUGGUGAAGGAUGUUAUCAUCCAUAACUCUUACUCCAACAGGCCCAGCAGUGAGAAAGGAUGGGUGUCCUACAUGACAGAGAUAUCCACGUCCUGCCGCGUGGUCCAGUCUCUCCUUCAUUUCUUCACGGGCACCAAUUACUCUUGGCUGCUGGUCGAAGGCCUUUACCUCCACUCACUGCUGGACCCUACAGUGUUUUCUGAAAGGCGUUUGUGGCCCACAUACCUGCUGCUGGGUUGGGCCUUCCCAGUGCUAUUUGUUGUACCCUGGAUUAUUGUUCGUUUCCAGCUGGAGAACACGGGGUGCUGGAUAAACAGGAAUAUGAAGAUCUGGUGGAUCAUUCGAGGACCCAUGAUGUUCUGUGUGGCAGUCAAUUUCUUUCUCUUCAUGAAAAUCCUCAAGCUUCUCAUUUCCAAGCUCAAAGCCCAUCAAAUGUGCUUCAGAGAUUACAGAUACAGAUUGGCAAAGUCAACACUGGUCCUCAUUCCUUUACUGGGUGUUCACGAGCUGGUCUUCUUCUUUGUCACCGAUGACCAUAUUCUGGGAUUUCCAAAACUUGUACGGCUCUACAUUCAGUUGACCCUGGGCUCUGUCCACGGGCUCAUCGUGGCCUUGCUGUACUGUUUUGCCAAUGGAGAGGUGAAGGCCGAGCUUUGGAAGCACUGGUUUCGCUUUUUACUAGCCCCGCACUCGGGCUACAGAGCCUGGUUCCUGAAGAACUUCCGAUUCCUGGGAAAAUGUCCCCAGAAGCUCUCGGAGGAGGAUAGCACCAGGACGCGGCCGAAACUGAGGCCCUUGGCCCGCAGCGAGCAGCUCCUGCACCUGACCACGCAGGGCCCGGGGCAGCGAGGACCCCAGCCUCCACGGGGCAGCAGCCUGUCUGAGAGCAGCGAGGGGUACGUCACAAUGGCCCACACCACGGAGGAGAUCCUCGAGGAGAGUGAGAUCUAG